AUGAACGACGCAUUUCCAAAGCUGCUUGGUCUUUUGGGUACCCUUCAGGCUCGUGUUGGCCCCCGAACUAGACUUUCUCUUGGUGCAGCAAGCGCUGUGGCGUUAACGAUCAUCCUGAGGUACAUCACAGCGAAACAACCGAAGCUCAUAACGGACUACGCGAAAGUAGCAAGGAAAGCCAACGACACCGGACUCGAGUUUGACGAGUGGGACUUCAUCAUUGUUGGAGGAGGCACAGCAGGAUGUGUUCUGGCAUCACGUCUAUCCGAAGAUCCAAACGUGCGGGUUCUACUCAUCGAGGCUGGUGGAAGCUCUAAAAAUGUCACUCCAAGCAAGAUACCCGUUGCGUUUGCGAGGUUAUUCCGCACUCAAUGGGACUACCAUUUUUAUACCGAGCCCCAGCAGCAUGCAGGCAACAAGAAAAAGUAUUGGCCUCGCGGUAAACUCCUCGGAGGAUGCUCUGCAAUCAAUGCCAUGAUUGCACAAUAUGGCGCACCGUCCGAUUUUGACGAGUGGGCGGAAAUUACUGGCGACGAAUCCUGGUAUAUUCGAAAAUUUGAAAAAUACACCCCAGACCCGCGCUUCCCAAACGUUGAUCCACUCCUCCACGGUGCCGAUGGACCCGUUGAGAUUGGAUACAGCGCGCACAUUUGGCCAGGCUGCAGCUCCUUUGUCCAGGCGAGCGUGAACGUCGGCAUCCCCUUUUCGCCCGAUUUUAGCACGACUAAAGGAACGAUCGGGACAAACAAGGCGAGUCUUCUUUACAGCAAGAGCACUCGUGUAACUACUGAGUCUGCAUACCUCACCGAUGAAGUCCUUGCGCGUCCAAAUUUGAAAGUCGUCACCCAUGCCCGUGUCUGCAAGAUUCUCUUUGACACCUCCAAUGGCAUCCCGCGUGCAACUGGUGUUGAGUUUGCCAGCAAAUCUCACAUAGGCAAAGUCGGACCCAAGUUCCGCGCACGGGCGACCAAGGAAGUCAUCGUCUCCGGUGGCACCAUACAUUCUCCGCAGAUCUUGAUGCUUUCUGGCAUUGGUCCAGCUGAACAGCUUUUGCGUCACAACAUCCCGGUCGUGCUCGACGCUCCCAGCGUCGGGUUUAACCUCUUGGAUCACCCAUGCUUCAGUCUCCGGCUUAGGGAUAAGACGGGAACGACGUUCCACCAUCUUAGGCCUCACAGUUUGCAAACAUUCCGCUUGUUCGUGCGCGACUUUAUGCGAUACCAACUGUGGGGCACUGGCCCAAUCGCUUCGAAUAUCGGCGAGGCUGCAUCAUUUUUCCGAUCAGACGAUCAGGUGGUCUUCCCACCUGCGGAGUACAACCAUGACAUUGAGGACGCCAAUUCAGGCCCAGACGCACCCGACCUCGAACUCGUCAUGUGUACCGCCGCAGUGCACUCACACAGCAUACCCCUCAGCACGCAUCUUCAGGCAUAUCAACUGACCGCUGUCUUAUUACGUCCCACAAGUAAGGGAUCACUCUUUCUCAAGUCUGCCGAUCCUUGGGAUGAUCCGCUCAUGGACCCCAGAUAUCUCGAAACAAAACAUGAUAUUGAUGUGCUCGUUCGAGGCGUCCGCGCUGCCUUCAAAAUCGCACACACUGCGCCUAUGACCUCUAUCACCGACGUGCACGCCUCGUACCCUGAACUUGAUCACCACUUCUCUCGUCUCAGUGAUGCAGAGCUGGCUGAUGUUAUUCGAGACCGCGUUGAGACGCUAUAUCACCCGGUAGGAACGUGUUCCAUGGGCCCCGGCGGCGUCGUCGACUCGGACUUGCGUGUCAAAGGCACUCAGGGUCUUCGAGUGUGUGAUGCAAGUGUUUUCCCCAAACUGGUCUCAGGACACCCGGCCGGUGCGGUUAUUGCAACCGCCGAGAAGUUGGCCGAUGUUAUCAAGGCUCACUACUCAUAA